AUGUACAGGAUUCCCAACUUCAUCUUGUUUCAUUCCCCUGGUGGUUAUCAGUUCUUGGACAAGGCAGCAAUCAAGGACCCGAAAACAGACGGCCAAGAAAUCAUGAGGGAGAGGAAGUGGUAUCUCUCAACCCUAACAGACGUGGAAGAAGUUAAAAUGGUGCAGAGAAUGCUACCCGUGUGGGCCACCACCAUCAUGUUUUGGACUAUCUACGCCCAAAUGACCACGUUCUCGGUAUCACAGGCCACCACCAUGGACCGCCGCAUCGGAAACAAGUUCCAAAUUCCAGCAGCGUCACUCACUGUCUUCUUCGUCUUAAGCAUUCUCAUUACAGUUCCCAUCUAUGACCGCAUCAUCGUUCCCAUAGCCAAAAAAGUAACAAAAAACCCACAAGGGCUAACCCCUUUGCAGCGCAUUGGAGUAGGGUUGGUGCUCUCAAUCUUCGCCAUGGUGGCUGCAGCACUCACCGAAAUAAAGCGCCUGAGAGUAGCAAGUGUGCACGGUUUGUCGCACAAACACAACGCUGUGGUUCCCAUCAGCGUGUUCUGGCUGGUUCCACAGUUCUUCUUCGUGGGGGCAGGGGAGGCAUUCACGUACAUAGGGCAGCUAGAUUUUUUCCUGAGGGAGUGUCCGAAGGGGAUGAAGACGAUGAGCACGGGUUUGUUUUUGAGCACGCUGUCAUUAGGGUUUUUUCUUAGUUCCUUGCUGGUGACUUUGGUGCACAAGACGACGCGCCACCGUGAACCGUGGCUUGCGGACAACCUUAACGAGGGGAAACUACACAACUUCUACUGGCUACUGGCUGUGUUGAGUGGUGUGAAUUUAGUGGUGUACUUGUUUUGUGCAAAAGGGUAUGUUUACAAGGACAAGAGGCUCGCUCAGGCGGGCAUAGAGUUGGAGGAAACAGACACUGUUUGCCAUGCUUAG